AUCUGGAUCACUACUAGUCAUAAUACAACUGUCUCUGGCGGCAGGAACCCCGUCCUCGAGGAAGGUUGUUAUUUCUUGAUAAUUACAGUGCUUGAAAAGCAAUAUAUCUGUGAGCUGCCGAGACCAAGCUAAUUUCUACAGGAUCCAUUGAGAACAAGUCAAGAAGGAAGCAUCUAUUCACUCUACCAUACCAAUACCGAAGUCCAGGUCAACAGGAACACAACAGAACCAAAGAGGAGGACACAGAAUUGAAUACGAUUCGGGCAUCUUACAACAUAUUGUUUCUUGGUUCAAGAUGAAGAUUCUCAUCACAGGAGCAGGUGGCUUCUUGGGCCAAUUCCUCGCCCGCGAACUACUCUCCAACCCAGACCACAAGGUCAUCCUCACAGACAUCAUUGACGUCCCUGUGCCCAAAGGGGCCAAGAAUCCACAAAACACAACAUGCGUCAAAGCGGACCUGCUGAAAGACCGCAGCGUGGUCACGCCGGAUCUGGACGCGGCAUACAUCUUCCAUGGCAUCAUGUCCGCCGGAUCGGAAGCAAACUUCGAUCUGGGCAUGAGCGUCAACCUGGAAUCGACGAGAUUGCUUCUCGAGACAAUCCGACAGGUUCGCCCUGGUCUGAGAGUCAUCUACUCGUCCAGCGGCGCUGUCUACGGCCGUCCCUUGCCAGAAGUGAUAACCGAAGACGUUCUCCCUACGCCUGAAGGCUCCUACGGCGCCGCCAAGUUCAUGUGCGAGAUUCUCAUCAACGACAUGACCCGGAGGGGCUACAUUGAUGCAUUCAUAAUCCGAUUUCCCACCAUCACUGUACGGCCGGGCAAGCCAGCCCCGGCGGCUUCGGCGUUUAUUUCAGGCAUCAUCCGCGAGCCUUUGGCGGGCAAGGAGUGUGUCUUGCCCGUGAAGGACCGAGCAUUCCCAAGCCACGUGUGCUCGCCAAAGACGCUGAUUCACAAUCUUGUCUACACGCUCACACUCCCCUCGGACGCUUUGCCCAGCCACAAGCGCGUCGUCAACGCGCCGGGUCACGUCGUCACGAUCCAAGACAUGAUGGACGCCCUGGCCAAGGUCGGAGGCGAGGAUAAACUAAAGUACGUCAAGGAGGAACACGACGAGCCCAUCGCGAAGAUUCUGUACACGUGGGCGGUCAAGUACGACAACUCGUUAGCGUAUAAGCUAGGGAUGAAGAAGCCGGAUAGUUUCGAACAGUCGGUGCGCGAGUACAUUGAGUAUAUGGAGGAGCAAGAACGCUUGUCCUAGGAUAAGGAGCAGUGAGCGAGGAGCGAAGAGUGGGAUGAGGCAGAGAUGGUCAAGCAGGAUCGUGGGAGGAUGGAGAGUCCAGGCUUGCGAAGGAGUAGUAGUAGUUUGGCCACAUGCCACAUGUUGUGUGUUAAAAAAAGUCCUCGUCCUCCCCAAA